AUGUAUCAUUACGUUGUAAACGUUCAUAAAUCUAGUACAGUAAGUUCAGCGGUAAAAGGCCAUUGGUCUUCACCGACAGAAACGAAUCUACUUAUCAACAAAGUCAAUCGAAUCGAUGUAUAUACAUUAGUUGAAGGAGGGUUAAGAUACUUUAUGGAAAUUCCGAUAAAUGGUAGAAUCGCGGGAAUGCAUUUUUAUCGAGGACCUGUAUUAUUUACCGAACGACUUGAUUAUGUGGUGAUGUCCUGGUGCGCAAAAAGGAAAAGGAUAUUAACCGAAGAGCAAGGAACAUUAAAACAUGAUACCUACAAAUUUUAUCCAAAUCGAGAAUUAUUACAUUUAACUAUCAUCGAUCCAUAUUAUCGAGUGGUGGGGAUGCACGUUUAUAGUGGAAUAUUGGCGGAUGGAAUUAAAAAUAUUUCGGUAAAAGCGUAUCCACUUUAUACCAAAGAAAUUGGAAAUGAAAUUUGGUCAUUAGAUGAUCUUGAUGAAUCUACUCAAAUCAUUAGAGCAGUUCCAAGUGGUGGUUUCUUGUUGGUUUCUGCUAGACGUAUUUCAUUAUAUGAUGAAGAUCAUGGAUCAAGGUGGUUAAUUGGUAAUGGCUUUGGAACGCUUCAAUUAUUAGUAUUACCUAAAGAUGAACCCAUGUAUACAUAUAUAUCGGUACCCACAUCAAUUUUAUAUUUAGAUAAUGGAAUCGUAUUUAUCGGUUCACAUUUUGGAGAUUCACAAAUUAUAAAAUUACGUUCUGAACCGAAUGAACAAGGAUUUUAUUUAGAUGAAGUAGAAAGAUUUUCUAAUUUAGCACCGAUACAUGAUUUUUGUGUGUUGAAAACUGAAAGACCAGGACAGAGUCAAGUGAUAACAUGUUCUGGUGGUCUAAGAGAUGGAACGUUAAGAAUUAUUCGUAAUGGAGUCGGAAUUACCGUACACGGUGAAACUAGAAUGACGGGAUUAACCGGAAUAUGGGCAUUACGUCCAUCUUAUGAUUCCGAAUAUGAUGACAUAUUAAUUAUUUCAUUUAUUAAUGAGACACGUAUAAUGAAAUUGAUAGAUGAUGAAUUUCAUGAAGUUGAUAAUUAUGCGGAUAUUGAUAAGAGUCAUGAAACUCUGGCAACUUGUAAUGUAGCAGGAAAUUUAAUUGUUACUAGAAAUUCAAUUAGAUUAAUAGACAUGAAAACCAAAAAAUUAUGUUCUAAAUGGAAUAUAACAAAAAAUAAUACAAUUACUGUGGCUGAUGUUUCAUGUUUAACAAUUCACCCAUCGGAUCCAUCAAAUCCCGAAAAAUCCAUAUUCGCGGUUGUAGGUUUAUGGAGUGAUAAAUUAAUAAACGUAUUAAAUUUGCCAUCAUUAACAAUUAUUCAAAUGCAAAAAUUAUUUAAUACAUCAGUUCCUCGAUCAGUUAUGUUAGAAACAUUUGAAGGAAUACUUUAUUUAUUAAUAGGAUUUGGUGAUGGACAAGUUGAUUUCUUUAUAUUGAAUCAAGUUAAUGCCAAUAUUUCUGGUCCACAUAGAACAUUCACGAUUGGAAAUCAACAAGUUAUACUUUGUUCAUUUAAAGCCAAUGGAAUUAAAUAUGUUUUCGCUGCUUCGGAUAAACCCGCUAUAAUUUAUAGUAAAAAUUAUCAAUUAUUAUGUUCUAACGUUAACACUAAGAAUGUAACGUAUGUUCGAUCAUUUAAAACUCCGGCCAUGCCAUCAUCGUUGAUAAUUAUUCAUAAUACCGGAUUCAAAAUUAGUAGCAUAGAUGAUAUACAUAAACUUCAUAUAACAAGUAUUCCAUUAAACGAAAUGCCUCGUCGAAUAUGCCAUCAAGAAAGUUCUAACAUGUUGGCCAUUUCAACUAUUAAAUCGGUUUUCGAUGAAUUAAAAAAUUGCGAAAUUCAUUUAUGUUAUUUUAAAAUAUUGGAUGAUCAAACUUUUGAAU